CAAGAGGGAGGGACAGAUUUAGAACGAUAGCCCACGUUCAGCACUUUACACAGGACUUCGAUUUGUAUUCCAGACAGGUGCAACGAAAACGAAACGCACAUGCAGAACAAUCACUGCUUCUGUUAGUACGAUCCCAGUCACACUCGAAAAGCACUGGCAGCUUUGCUGAGACUGCUCCGCCUGCUUAUCCUACUGUAGCCUGUGUUUUUCGUUUCGCGAACAAUGUGGGAGGAUGUGAGACAUGACGCUUCUCCGGGCUUCAGCAGAUCCAGAAUUGGUCUUCAGGCUGCUCGGGUUUGUUACAGUCAAAACUCCCUGGUGCUAGGUACAUAGAGAAGUGUAGGCCAUGUUUGCACCUCCAUUUCAGACGCUGAUGUUGCUGGAAAUGUUUUGAGCAUCCAUGCCUGGAUCCAGCCUUCUUUCUUUCCGGGAUGUCUCCAUAUCCAUUGCAGCAAACGAGCCCCAUGUGUGAAACAGGUGAAGGUAAAAUCAACUUGCCUCGGAUGCGAAGAACCAGAUGCUUCCUGGAUAGUCGUGCUCUUGUGACGAUUGAGACGACACCUGAACGCGAGCGGGACCUCGAUGGGGAGGAAAAGUCGAUCAUGAAUCCGAGAUUUCAUGGCAAGAGAGUUGGUUCUUUACUCAAACUGAUCGGACAGCUACGGCAGCACCAGCGGCAUCCCUCGUCAUCUAAGCUGGAAAUUUCAGAUACUGCUGUAGAAGGUCGUCAUCUGCAUCAUGUUCAAGCACGUCGGUUGAGGGUGUUGUUGGUCUUGGCUCAGCACUUGGACAAUAUAGCCGACGGAAAUAGCUGUACCAGCAAGAGUAGCAGUAUCUCAUGCAAGGAAUUUAUACAUUGGGAAUCAGCUUAGCUUGGUCGUGUUCACUGGAUUUUCUCGCACAAUGUAGUUCUUCUCUACGUACAUGUGCUCUCCAACUGAGAAAUCUGUAAAAUCUGUAAAACUUAUUCAGAACGUACUCAAGAAUUGUAAAAUUAUUGACAACAUAGUAAAAUAUGCCAAC